UCUCUCCACCAUGUCUAUUCGUUCUUUGCUCAGCUUUGGCUUGUUGGCGGCUCCUCUUGUUUCCGCCCUGCCUGCUGCAGACUACAAGUCGACCUCUUGUAGCACCAGCACUUCCCACAGCACCUCCCACAGCACUUCUCACAGCACUUCCCAUUCUUCUUCCCACUCCUCGACCAAGUCGUCGGCACACAGCUCUGCAACUUCUGCUGUCGUCACCACCACCAGCUCUGCUUCCAACACCGUCCAAACUACGACUCUGUUGUCAACAGCCACUGGCAAGAGAGGCCUCAACGACUACGCAAAGAAGGCCGGCAAGCUCUACUUUGGUACAGCUGCAGAUGUCCCUGGAACCAAUGAGACCACCGACAGAUACUACCGCGCCGAGCUUGCCAACAGAGAUGACUGGGGCCAAGUCACACCUGCCAAUGCCAUGAAAUGGGUCUUUACAGAACCCGAGCAGAACGUUUUCAACUACACCGAGGCAGAGGUCUUCCUCGCUGACGCUGCGCCUGGAAAACUUGUUAGAUGCCACAACUUGAAUUGGUACAACCAGCUUCCCAACUGGCUCACCUCGGGCACAUGGACAAACGAGACCUUGACCGCCGUGCUUCAGAACCACGUCACCAACCUCGUCGAGCACUUUGGCAACCGUUGUUACGCUUGGGACGUCGUCAACGAGGCCUUGAGCGACAGCGGCACCACUGGUAGCCUGGCCGACAGCGCCACCUGGAGAUCUGAUAUCUGGUACAACACCAUCGGCCCCGGUUAUGUUGCCAUUGCUUUCAAGGCCGCAGAAGCCGCCGUCAAGAAGAACAAGCUCAAGGUCAAGCUCUACUACAACGACUACAACAUCGAGAAUGCUGGAGCCAAAUCCACUGCUGCGCAAGCACUUGUCAAGAGUCUCAAGGAUGCCAAGAUCCAGAUCGACGGUGUCGGUUUGCAGUCUCACUUCAUUGUCGGCGAGACUCCUUCCAGAGCCGCCCAAUCUGCUAACAUGGAGGCAUUUGCCGCCCUUGGAGUUGAUGUAGCCAUUACUGAGCUUGACAUACGUACCACGACACCUCCCACUCUUGCAGCUCAGCAGCAACAGGUCGUUGACUACACGAGCUCUGUUGGUGCAUGCGCAGACGUAGAUGCUUGUGUCGGUGUUACGGCUUGGGACUUUGACGAUGCAUACAGCUGGAUCCCUUCGACUUUCCCUGGUCAAGGAUAUGGCGACCUUUUCUUCCAACCUGGAGGAUACAACACUCCCCUCGUCCGCAAGGCAGCCUACGAUGGUUGCAUC